GUGGUGGCGGGGAGGUUAGUUGGCCUCCACACCUGGCGCCUGUAACACCGCCCUGUGUGUGCUGGUGUGGUGUGCUGUGCCGUGCUGUGCAUUGCAGUGCUGUGCCGUGGUGUGGUGUGGUGUGGUGUGGCGUGUUGUGCCUUACUCUGCUGUUGUGCUUUCUGUUGCGGCGUGGCGUGGCGUGGCGGCCCGUGCUGGAUUGUGUGUGGCACGCGGCAAGGUGCGGUGCGGUGCGGUGUGGUGUGGUGUGGCGGUGUGUGGUGUGGUGUGGUGAGGUAAGGUGUGUGGUUAACGCGGCGGUGCGUGCCCCAGGGCGGCGUGCCAGGCAGUGUGGCGUGGUGUGGCGUGGUGGUCAGGCCAGUGUCUGUGUGUGCCUGGCGUGAGGCGCGGGGCGUGCCAUGGCGGGGUAGCGCUCUUCGGUGAUGGAGGGCGCGGCGCCCCUGUGCCAGGUGGCGGCGGGGCAGCGCGCGCUGGUGCGGGCGGAGGUGCACCCCGCCCCCCUUCCCGCGCCUCCGGACUCCCCGCCCCAUGUGCCCAAUGGCCCCCUGGUGGUGACUGACGCCCUGCUGCUGCCCCGCUCCCAGGACUGUCCCGCGGGAGCCGGUCUGCCCCUCAGCCCGCCCCCCAUACUCACCACCUUCGGCCGCCCUCGCCCCCUUGACCCACGCGUGGAGUAUCUACGGGGGCGCCGCGCCCCGAAGAUGGUGGAGGCGCCCGCCGUUCGCGGCAGGAAUGGCUUCACACGCCCCCCACGUCGCGUCACCUUCCUGGUGGAGGCCGUGCCCGCUGGCCGCGCCGUGCCGCCGCUGGACGAAGACGAGGAGGAGGAGGAGGAGGAGGAAGAAGAGGAGGAGGACGAGGAGCUGCGGCAGCUGCACCACCACCAUCACCACCACAACGACACCCCGGCCCUGCCGCGCCGACCAUCCCGGCACGACCCCCUCACGCCCGACGUCCAGCCCCCGCCCCCCGCCGACACAGCUGUGAGUAGCCGGGCAAUGAACCCCCACCCACGCACGCCCGGGACAGUGUACAAGUCUGGCAUGGGCGUCGGUGGUAGAGUACUGAUGGGCGGGCAGUACCACCCAUCCCUAGGCAACACUACGCCCUGUGGAACUCUGGUGGGCGUGGGUGCGGGCGUGGGUGCGGGCGUGGCGUCUCUGGAGGGUGAAGUGGGCGUGCCUGACUGUGCUGCCCUAUAUCCUGUGUCAGAUGAAGGGCUGCUCCAUAACUUACACUCAAGAUAUAAGAGGGACCAGAUCUAUACUUACGUGGGAACAGCUUUGAUCUCCGUCAACCCUUACCGCCGUCUCGCGCUCUACACACCUGACGUUCUCCAGGCUUACCGCUCCAGCUGUGUAUUCCAACUGCCCCCGCACAUCUAUGCCGUGGCGGACGCAGCUCACAGAGGCGUGUGGGAGAGAAACACUGACCAGCUCGUCGUGGUAGCGGGGGAAAGCGGCGCUGGGAAGACGGAGGCUGCGAAGUUGGUCUUACAGUACGUGGGUGACAAAUCUCAACCUUCUCCUAGGCUGCUACAGUGUAACCCCGUGCUGGAAGCCUUCGGAAAUGCGAGAACGAGAAGGAAUGACAACUCCUCAAGAUUUGGCAAAUAUAUGGAACUGGAAUUUGACUUCAAAGGGGAUCCAAUUGGGGGGACCAUUACCCACUAUUUGCUGGAAAGGCCGCGAGUCACGAGCCAGCUGCCGGGGGAGAGGAACUUUCAUAUUUUUUACCAACUUCUUGCGGGUGCAGACAUCCAGACAUUAAAAUCACUCAAACUGCAGAGGAAUACUGAGAACUACAAUCUUCUUCAUUGUACGAGACUCACUCCAGGAGACACACAAGAUGACAGGGUGGAGUUUGGCAUUACUAAGCGAGCGUUGGAUGUUCUGGGGAUGUCAUGGGAGGAGCAGCUGGAGGUCCUGAAGGUGGUGGCGGCUGUGUUGAAACUUGGCAAUCUCACCUUCACCUGCGUUAGUAACAUUGACGGAACGGAGGGAUGCGUCAAUGAGAAUGCCUACGAGCUCCAUGAAGUGUGUGACCUGCUGUGCUGUGAGGUGUCGUCGCUGUCCGCCGCGCUGCAGACCAGGAGUGUGGAGGCGCGAGGGGAGACCGUGGUGGCUGAAUUGUCUGCCACAGAGGCCACACGCACCAGGGACGCUCUGUGCCGCGCCCUGUACAGCAGACUGUUUACCUGGGUGGUGUCAAGGGUCAACGAGGCUAUCAAGGUGAAGACGUUAGCUCGCAGGAAAGUGUUGGGUAUUCUGGACAUCUUUGGCUUUGAAAUACAGGAAGUGAACAGCUUCGAGCAGCUCGUCAUUAACUUCUGUAAUGAGAAACUGCAUCAGGUGCUGGUUGAGGUGACCCUGAGGAUGGUGCAAGAGGACUACCAGCGAGAGGGUCUGGAGUGGGCUGUUGUUGAUGUUCCUAGUAACACACCUGUCGUGGAGCUUAUAGAACAGAGACAAACGGGGGUGCUGGCGGUGGUGGAGGAGGUGUGUUCGCGCGUUGGUGGCGGCACAGAGGCCCUUCUGCAGCAGCUCUCCUUCUCCUGCGGGGGCCACUCUCUGUUUGAUAUUAAGGGCGCCCGACACCUCCACUCCGACAAUAAUAUUCCCAGCGACGCCUUCAGAAUCCGACACUUUGCCGGGCCAGUGACGUACAGUGUGGCUGGGUUUGUUGAGAAGAACCUGGACACAAUUCACAGAGAUCUGAGUCGAUGUAUGUACAGAUGUCAACACCGCAUUCUGAAGGAGCUGUUUCCGGAAGGCAACCCUCGGCGCACCACACUGAAGCGGCCAGCCAGUGUAGCGACGCAGGUGAUCAUCUCAGUGUCAGCGCUCACCAGGACAAUUAGAGCCAAGCAGACACACCUCAUCACUUGUAUUAAGCCAAAUGAACUCAAGCAACCCAGGAUACUUGAGUCAGCACUGGUCCUGCAUCAGAUUAAGUACCAUGGGCUGGUGGAGCAGGCAAGGGUACGUGGCGAGGGGUGGGCGUACAGAUCCAGCCAUGAAGUGUUCCUGGCGCGCUAUGGAAUGCUGUCUCUCCACACCUGGCCAGCCUGGAGAGGGCCACCAUUAGAGGGGUGUGCCUUACUGCUAGCUGACCUGCCUCUCACACCCUCACAAUACACCUUUGGCCGGACGAAAGUGUUUAUCAAGAGCCAGAGGGCGGUGCAUGAGCUAGAGGAGUACCGCAGGGAGCGUUUUGAGGACCUGGCAAUCUUGGUGCAAAAGACAUACAGAGGUUGGAGGGACAGGCGCCACUACAGAGCCCUCCGUGCUGCCCAGCUCACCAUUGCCACCUGCUGGAGGAGCUGGAAGGCAAAGCAACAGAACCCAGAGGAACAAAAGGAGAAAAGAAUUGCACUAAAGGGAUGGAAUUUCUUCAUUGUGGCGCGAGAGGAAUAUAGACAGCUGAAGCAGAAGAGGAGAGUGGAGUGGGCAGCGGCUGUCAUUCAACUCUCCUACGUAAACUACCAGAGGUGGCGGUACAUGGUGAGGGUCUUGGAGGAAAUGCCUUCUGACUCCCCCAUAGACGCCUCCUGGCCACCCCCGCCCCCCUCCAUGACGGAAGUGGGGAUGUUACUACGAAGACUACAUCAUAAGUGGCGAUGUCACCGGUACCGCCUUCAGUUUGACCAGACGGCGAGGAAUCGGAUGAGGGAGAAAGUGACAGCAUCCAUUAUAUUCAAGGAGAGGAAAGCUUCUUACUCGAAAAGCGUGUCCCAUCCGUUCCUCGGCGACUACGUGAGGCUGCGACAGAAUGGUCAAUGGAAAAAACUCGCGUCUGAAACCAACGACCAGUAUGUUGUGUUUGCUGAUAUUGUCAACAAGAUUACGAGGUCAGCUGGAAAGUUUGUGCCGAUCCUUCUGGCUCUCUCCACAAACUCCUUACUAAUCCUGGACCAAAGGACUCUGCAGGUGAAGUACAGGAUACCAGCCUUGGAGAUUCAAAGGAUAUCACUGUCACCUUUUCUUGACGACAUAGCAGUUCUUCAUGUCAAGCCCCCUUCACCUACGACUGACCUGGGCGGCUCUCAAAACUUGAACCCCGGCUGCCUCUUUGGGUCAGAUGAGGUCAAGAGGAAGGGUGACCUGGUUCUACAAACGGGUCACGUGAUUGAGGUUGUGACGAAGCUGUUUUUGGUGGUGCAAAACGCUACAGGAAAGCCACCUGAUGUUAACAUUUCCACAGAAUUCGACGCUAAUUUUGGCCAGCAUUCCGUUCUGUUUACCUUCAAGACGGCUGGCCUGGCGGAGGUGGUGCCCGGUCAGAUCAGGAUAAUGAGGAGACACAACAGGAUGGAGGUGGUGCUGUAGGUGGUGGUGGUGGUGGUGGUGGUGGUGGUAGUGGUGGUGAAUUAGUUGGUGACAGCAUUGCACAUUGGUUGUCUGUUUUUAUCUGUGUUAAUCUCUGUCAUAUUUGUGCAGUGUAAGAUAACAGAGAGAGAGAGAGAGAGAGAGAGAGAGAGAGAGAGAAGUAUUAGCCUGUUUUAUUAUAUUUUUCUCUUCCUCUUCCUCUUUUUCUUCUUCUUCUUCUUCUUCUU